AUGUGCCCAGGCCAGCUUCCACGGUGGCGCGCCUGCUAUGCGACUGCCGCGCCCACGCUGAAUCCUCUGGAUCAGGUGGCGAUCCCAGAGCCGGAGACCACGCCACAAGGCUCGCAGCAGUACAAGAAGAAGAAGAAGGACCCGCGCUUCAAGUUCCAGGAGAAGGGUGUCUUCGGGGAGAACCUGUACACCAAGGGCUUCAGCGAGAACCUGCACAUCUCCCCCCACAAGCUCAACGACAUGGUCAAGGUGCUGCGCGGCCAGAGCAUCCACGACGCCAUCAUUCAGUGCCAGAUGUCGGUGAAGAAGGCGGCCAAGCUCUGCGAGGAGGCCAUCGUCGAGUGCCGGAAGAAGGCCAUUGACCAGAAUGGCGUGGACCCACAGAAGCUUCUUAUAGACGAGAUGUGGGUCGGGAAGGGCCAGUACCUGAAGCGCAACUCCAUGCAUGCGCGCGGGCGGUCCGGAGUUCUGCACAAGUACCGCUCCCACCUCACGAUCAUGAUGCGGGAAGACCCGGAGAUGGAGGUGCGCACGCGCGUCAUCCCCAUGGCCGCCGAGCGAGCGGCGAGGCGGCAUGCGCGGCGGACGACGCCGGCGGGCGGCAAGACGCUGGUGGAGAUCGGUGCAUGA